UUGUCAAUGACAAAUUCUGAAGAAAUGUAAACAAAUCUUCAGCCAACAGCUGAAUCCUUAAUGCAAUAAUAAAACGGCACAACGAUAAUCAACAAAUGGCUACAGAAGAACAUAAAUUGCUUGCAGAAAAAAUCAAAGAAUGUCAUAAUUAUUUACGUCAAUUAAAUCAGAAAUAUGGCACCGAACAAGCCUGGGAUAUAUAUCUAAAAGACACAGUACGUCUAAGUGAAUAUGCAGAGGCGAUGAAGCAGCUUUCCACUAUUUGGGAAAGCAAUAUAAAUUCAGAGAAUCGUUUAUCUACACAUAGUCGUAUCAAAUGGGUUAAUGAUUUUUGUACUGAAUACUUUUUUACAGAAGGCAUUUAUAUUAAAAAAAGAUUACGUGAACAGCAUUUAUUAAAGAUGUGGUUAAAUGAAACUGUAGAUGAUAAUGAUUUUAAUUCUAUACCCGACAGAAUAAACCUGCUUGAUAUAGGCAGUUGUUUUAAUCCAUUCUCCAGUGUGCCAUACUUUAAUGUAACUGCAAUCGAUUUAUGUCCUGCGACGAAUUCAAAUGUACUACAAGGUAACUUCCUUAAAAUAAAUGUGGGCGGAAAUGAAAUGUGUAUAGAAAAUAACUCAGUGUGUAGCUUACCAGCAAGGAGUUAUGACUGUGUAUUAUUCAGCUUAUUAUUAGAAUAUAUACCAAGCCCACAACAACGACUAGAGUGUUGUGAAAAAGCCUAUGAAUUAUUGAAAACGGAAGGUAUACUUAUAAUCAUUACACCAGAUUCCCAACCUGUUAAUAAAAAUGCUUGCUAUAUGAAGAACUGGCGUUACACACUUGCCACACUUGGUUUCCUGCGCAUACGGUUCGAAAAAUUACAACAUAUUACGUGUUUAGUAUUUCGCAAAGCUAUCGAUUUACGCAUAGCCAAACACUGGGCGCAGUUGCAUCGGGAAGAUUAUAUGAAUGUAACCAUCGAUAUACCACAGGAUCGAAAUAUUUUGGACUCAUAGCAGAAAUGUUUAUAUUAAGUAAUAACUGUAAAUAUUUUUAAUACGGUAGACUCAUUCGUCAUAAUGUAAUAAUGAAUUUUAUUGAGCCAAGAAAGUAAAUAAUUCUAACUUAAUCGUUGUGCACUGUUUGCAUAAAGUUUGGAUGCAAAAUUAAG